UCUCCAUCUCUAGCUAGCACCCGAUCAAGCAGCAGCAAGCCAAGCAAGAAGAAAGAAGCUCGAAUCAGCAACAAGAAUGGCAGGAAUCGGCCGGAACAUGGUGUCCCCCUUGCUGGUCCUCAACCUCAUCAUGUACAUCAUCGUGAUCGGCCUCGCGAGCUGGAACCUCAACCACCACAUCAACGGCCUCAACCACCCGGGCGCCGUCGGCAACGGCGCCACCUUCUACUUCCUCGUCUUCGCCAUCCUCGCCGGCGUCGUCGGCGCAGCCUCCAAGCUCGCCGGCAUCCACCACGUCCGCUCGUGGCGCGGCGACAGCCUCGCCGCCACCGCGGGUUCCGCGCUCGUCGCGUGGGCCAUCACGGCGCUCGCGUUCGGGUUGGCGUGCAAGGAGAUCGGCAUCGGUGGGUACAGGGGAUGGCGCCUGCGCACCCUCGAGGCCUUCAUCAUCAUACUCACGUUCACGCAGCUGAUCUACGUCGCGAUGCUUCACACGGGGCUUUUCGGGAACCAGUUCUCUAACGGUGCCGGGUAUGGCGGGGAGCAUGGUGGCUAUGGCGAUCAUCACAACAAGGGGCCUGCCGGCAUGGGCACCGCUGCCGCCGCCAGAGUCUGAUCUCGUCUCAGAUCUCUCUCUCUUGCUUCAUCCAUCCCAUCCAUAUGUAUGGGAAGAUGGAUGAAUGAAUAACUGCUAGUACUAGUACUGCUAUGUAUAUGUAGAUGUACUGGAUGGAGCUAGUAUGUGUAUCUUGCACGCAUGUGUGAGUGUGUGUGUGUGUGUUUGCAUAGAUAGCAUGCAGAUAGAUGCAUGGUGUUUGGUUUUCUACACCGUGCAUGUGUUACGGCUGUCUUUUCUGUUUCUAGCUAAUUUUUGUUGUAAUCCGUCUCUGUUCAAUCUUUUUUUUCUCACUGCUA